UCCCAAACACUCUUGUCGCGAGAUUUGGAACUUCAGCAUGGCGGUUCUCCUUGAAACGACGCUGGGCGAUAUUGUUAUUGAUUUGUUUACAGAAGAACGGCCUAAAACUUGCCUCAACUUUCUGAAAUUAUGCAAGAUAAAGCACUACAACUACUGCCUCAUCCACAAUGUUCAGAGAGACUUCAUUGUGCAGACUGGAGAUCCCACAGGGACAGGGCGUGGUGGAGAAUCUGUCUAUAGCAAACUCUAUGGGGACCAGGCCCGCUUUUUUGAUGCAGAGAAAACGCCACGCAUCAAACACAGGAAAAAGGGGACGGUUUCCAUGGUUAACAAUGGAAGUGAUCAGCACGGUUCUCAGUUCCUUAUUACCACGGGUGAGAACUUGGACUACCUGGAUGGAGUCCAUACUGUCUUUGGGGAAGUGACAGAAGGCAUGGAUGUCUUGACCAAAAUCAAUGAGACCUUUGUGGACAAGGACUUUGUCCCAUUUCAGGAUAUCAGGAUAAACCACACAGUGAUCCUGGAUGACCCUUUUGAUGACCCUCCUGACUUGCCAGUGCCUGAUCGAUCACCUGAACCUACCAAAGAGCAGCUAGAUAGUGGCCGAAUCGGAGCCGAUGAAGCGAUCGACGAUAUGGAUGGGAAAGGAGCUGAGGAGUUGGAGGAGAGGUUGAAGGAGAAAGAAGCCAAGACUCAGGCCAUCCUGCUGGAAAUGGUGGGCGACCUCCCUGACGCAGACAUGAAGCCUCCAGAGAACGUGUUGUUUGUGUGCAAACUGAACCCAGUAACCACAGACGAGGACCUGGAAAUCAUCUUUUCUCGCUUUGGGUCCAUAAAAAGCUGUGAGAUCAUCAGAGACUGGAAAACUGGAGAUUCCCUCUGUUACGCUUUUAUUGAGUUCGACAAGGAAGAGGACUGUGAAAAGGCCUACUUCAAAAUGGACAACGUGCUCAUAGAUGAUCGACGCAUUCACGUAGACUUCAGCCAGUCAGUAGCAAAGAUUAAAUGGAAAGGGAAAGGUGGGAAGUAUACUAAAGAUGACUUCAAAGCCUAUGAGAAGGAUGUGGAGAGUCGAUCCAAACUGGCUCUCAAGGAUCAAGUAAAGCCUAAACAAGAUUCCAAGUAUGACCUGCUAAUAGAGGAGGAAGAGGAGGUGUCGAGCCAUCGCCACUCUGAGAAGAAACACAAAGAGAAGAAGCACCAUCAUUAUUCAGAUGAUGAAGACAGCAGGAAGCCCAAAAAGUACAAGGACAGUGAAGAUAGCCGGCGAGACAGAAAGACGGGACGCCAGCGCUCUCGAUCCCGCUCAAGUUCCCGCUCUAAAGACCGGGACCACAAACACAGCAAGUCCCGGGUCAAACAUGGGAAAGAGGGCCGUGAUAAAAGCCACAGCCACAAGGACAGGAGCCGCAGCCGCUCCUCCAAGAAGUCCAAGGAUAAAGACAGGAGUAGAUACAGAUGAGGGAGAGCAGCGAAUGAAAGAUGGUUCUCCUUACCUUUUAUUGAAUAUAUUUCUGUGACAGGAGAGUGGAGCCACAUGAAUUCACCAUGAAUUACAUGGCAUUUCAAUAUUUACAAGCCUAAACUCCUGGCUUCCUUUAAAAUCACUUGACUUUGGCUUUAGGAAAAAAUUCAACAAUUAUCAGGUCUUUGUCACAUUGUCUUGAAGAACAAAAUAGUUUAAGACUUUUUUUUUUUCUCUAUUAAAAAAUUACCCAAAAUGUCA